ACACCUGCUUCCUAGCCGCCGCGAGCAGCGCGAGCGGGCUGAGGAGAAGGAGGCCCUGUCAAGCGGCCACGGCGAGUUUGGUGAUGCCGCGGGAUUCAUGCCUGAGCAUGGCGCGGCUGUCAAAGAAGCUCCCGAGGAACCACAGAUCCGGGAGCUUGAUCCUCCUCAGUCGCGGCUCUUGGAGGGCUUGGAAGUGCCAGGCCUUCCAGAGCAUGCUGUUGCUGUGGCCGAGCGUCUCCACUCGGCGCGAAGUGCAGGGGAGGUCUUGGCCCUCGGUGCACGGGCUGUGGAGGCAGUGAGAGUUGAAACCGAUUCUGCGCAGCGCGCGCGGCGAUUGGGGCAGCUGGCAAUGUCGCUGCAGCUUCUGGCCAAACAGGCCACAGGCUCAAAGCGACUGCCGAUACUUCGGGACAAGCGGUUGCCGCCCAUGCUGACGACUCUUGGCGACCACAUGCCAGGCACUGAGGUUUGGGUCCUCCCUGCGGCCAUGAGUGGCCUGGCCCGCCUCGGGGCUUUGGGCUCUGGAAAUGCUCUUGCGAGCUCAGCAGCCAUGGCAGCCGACACCUUGGUGCGAGUGGCCAAAGACCGGCUCGACGACCUGAGCCCUGCCCAGACAAGCCUCGUGUUGGCGAGCCUUGCUGUUUCUGCGGAGCUUUCAGCGUCCAAGGUGGGCUUGGCUUUGCAACAGAAGCUGGUCUCCACCCUGGAGCUUCGCUGUCAAGAGCUGCCCCCGAAGUCUGCUGCAACCUUGGUCCCGGCCCUUGUCAAGCUGCGAAGUUCUGGUGGAGUGCAGCUGGCUAAAGGUGUGGCACAGUGCAUCGUGCAAGGUGAGGCCUUGCCAGUGAACGAGAUCGCCUCAGCAGCUGCAGGGCUUCAGGCGCUGCGAAGCACCCCUCCAAAACUCCUGGAGAUGGCCGAUAGGGCUGUGCACCACCAAGUGCACCUCUGCACCCCAAGGGCUGUGGUGCAGCUUGCAGCCGCGCUUUGUGAAGGUGGGUCCGAUAACGACACCUUCAAAGACUACCUGAUGCCUGCCGCACGAUCCUUUUUGCUGGACUUCGGACCGCGAGACCUUUGUACCUUGGCCGAGUCCUUUGCCAAGGCCUCUGCAGCCGAGACCGAUUUCAUUGCCGACCUGGCGGACACCCUGCAGUCCAAAGUGAGGGACAUGGGCGCGCAUGAGGUGUCUGUGGCCUUGCUGAUCUUUUCACCUGUCUCCUACGCCGUGCCCGAGCUGAUUCCGGCCAUUUCGCAGCAGCUGAAAAGCUUGGUCGACGAGCUCUCGCCCAAGCAGCUGGCACGUGUUCUCCGAGGUCUGAAUGCUUGCAAUGUGGCGGAUGCUCCUCUCUUCGAGGCACUCAGAAGGCGCGCAUCGCAGCUGAGCCACGUCUUCUUUGGGACACACGCCGUCUCUGCACUCGUGGCAUUCGCUGAAGCCGAGCAGGUUGACAUCGGCACAGUCCGAACGCUAGGCGAGACGAUCUUGAGACAUCUUGACCGUCUCUCAGCGCAGGACUACAUCGUGGUGCUCACCACAGUGUCUCGCCUGCCAGCAGACAUGCGUUUGGUUAGCCUUCCUCAGAGCUUCUUGGAGGAGCUCUUACAGGCAUUGCGGCAACGUGGCUACGGAGACUGGCGCUUGGACCCCGAGGCCGUGCUGCAUCUUUUGGAAGCAUUGCGACACCUCCGAGUCGAGGACGAAGUUCUCCUGGAGCUCGUUUGCGAUCGCCUUCCGGCGGCCUUGCAGAAGUCCAAAACCUCGCUCCUACUGAUGGUGGGAUUGCUGGAAAGCCUCGGCGAUCUCCCGUCGAGGAGUCGUGCACAAGUCGCAGCACACCUCCACCGACGACGCAAGCUGCAAUCCGCCUUGAAGGACUGA